AUGAACGGCACUCCCCGCCUUCCGUCUGCCUUUCCCCAGACGCCCACAACAAUUCCAAGGAGAAGAAAGCUGUUUGAGACUCCCUCCCGGUCUCAGCCUCGCGAGGUGCGCGAGGUAAAGUCUCCGGCUAGACCCCCCGCCAAUGUGCCCAAGCCGCCCGGGAACAGAAACGCGCCGCUCGUUCCUGCCGAGCUGAUCGAUGCACCCUCGCAACGUCUCUACGUCGUUGCCUUCUACCUCGCACUCAACGCGUAUCGCAUAUAUGAAUCCUGGAAUGCAUCUGAUGAGUUAGACUCGACUUGGCUGUUUCUGAAAUGGGUGUCGGUGGAUGGCCUGUUCUUGUUCGGCCUACAAGCUCUGCGCAUACCAUGGCUGGAGUGGGCCUUCCCAACCACCCUGGCGCUGUUCUUGUUGCACGUGGUGGGCAAUGUUUUCCUCAUGUUCCGCAUCCCGAUCCCGCUGGGCGCGUGGUUGGCAGGAUUGGUCAAGGUAGCUUAUGACCGCGAACUGUCAAUCUCGGAACGGAAAGUGAAGCCGGGGGACAUCAUUCAUAAUGCGUCGUUGAUUUUGGGAAAGCAAAUUGUGCAUAUUUUGCCGGAAGGGUCUGCUGUCCUCAAUCCGGAACGUGAGCCACUCUGUCUCGAUGCGCAAAAGAAUACCGUGCACCUCCCAAUCCGAAUAAAUCAGACCGACCCCAUUCUCAUUGAAGUGUUGCGUCUCGACCUCAAUACCGGCGAGAAUGAAACUUUGACUAUCCCAGCGAAGCAGUUGAAACAGCUCAAGCGCCAAGCGGAGAAGAGGCAUGCCACCUUGGAUUCUGUGCCGCACCGGGAUCUCUUCUUCCCCGUCCGCAAGACUGGUAUCUAUCGUCUUCAACGCGUGGUGGAUGAGUCCCAGCUGGAUGUUCGCACGCGCACGUCUGACGCGCUGGUGGUGACCUGCCCCCGUGCCGUGAUUAAGAACUCUCAGACACAUAAAUGCAAGGGAGAGUUGUCCAACUUACUUCUUGAAGUUGAAGGCACUCCUCCCCUGAAGAUUAAGUAUAGUCGUCAGGUGAACGUCCUCGACCGUGGGUUCUCCUUCCAGAACAUUCAGCCGGAUAACUUGCGUACGCCGUUGUUGAAUCAAAAACCUACUGGCGCUCUCUUUAGCAUCAACCAGCCGGACAUCUCUUGGGCUCAAAGCCAGAAGAUCGAGGUCCCUCUGAACGAAUCCUUGAAUGUUGGCGGAGAAUGGUUCUACGCUGUUGAAGAGGUCCAUGAUGCGAUCGGCAAUAUUGCCAAUUAUUCUUCCAUGUUUGAGGAUGGGCUGCGGCCGACGACUAAGUCGCUCUCUCAGUGGCAUCAACUCAUGAUCCACGAGCGUCCCCGUGUGUCCUUAUCGGGCUGCAAUGUCCAGCGUCCACUGGAGGUGGCUCGUGGGAACAGUGUCAACUUACCAGUCGAAUUCCAGAAUGUCGGGAAUGGAUAUGCGGACGACGGUCCCUUUUCAGUGACAUACGCCUUCAGUGCCACCGGUGCCGAGCAGAGCGAAGGAGAUGCAAAGGAUAGCAAGACUCUUGUCUUGAAGACUCUGGAUCAGAAAUCGCUCAUCAAAGAACCGGGCUGGUACUCCUUGACCUCGGUGUCAAGCCAGUUCUGCCCCGGUGAAAUCUUGGAACCAUCGUCUUGCAACUUGCAUAAUCCUCCCGAGCCGGAGUUGUCCGUCAAGUCCGAGAAGGUCUUUGACCGAUGCGCUAAUAAUGCUGUGGGUCUACUUGUCAAUCUGGACUUGACGGGAUCCCCACCCUUCCGAGUUCGGUACAGCGCGGAAGGCCCCAAGGGAGUGGAAACAAAGACCAAGACCAUUGAUGGCAUGCGCUCCCAGCUGGAUUUCACGCCGUCGGAAGCAGGGUUUUACCGUUACCGUUUCCUCGACAUCGAAGAUGCUGUGUACUCCCCUCGGUCUCUCAAGGAUAAGGUCUCGGUCCUGGAGCAAGAUGUCAAGCCACCAGCCUCGGCCCGUAUCCUUGGACCCCGAGAUGCUCGCAAGACCUGCUUCGGCGAUGCUGUUUCUGUGGACCUGGCUUUCCUGGGCGAGGCUCCCUGGUCUCUUCAAUACGAGCUUGUCCACAACGGCAAGCGCACAAAACAUACGCUAGAAUCCGAGUUUGACGUUGCAACCAUUACCACGGAUAAGCUCGUCAGCGGGGGCGAGUACACACUCGUGCUCACCAGCAUCAAGGACAAGUCGAACUGCAAACGGACCUUGAAAGACAGCAUCAGGAUUGAGGCUCGGUCCACGCCGCCUCGCGCCUCAUUCGGCCAGAUUGACAAGAAGAGAACUAUUUCUGCUUUGCGGGGAUCCAGAAUUGAGAUUCCAUUGAGGCUCAGCGGUGGACGGCCGUGGACUAUCAAAUACAAGAAUGUGGAUGGCAACUCCGAGCCCUUGACCAAGACAUUCUGGGACGAGAAUAGUCAUUUGCCUGUGGAUCGUGAGGGGCUCUAUGAGCUCCUUGAAGUUUAUGACGCCUCCUGCCCUGGCACUAUUGACCAGUCUGCCAAGGAGUUUGAAGUGGCUUGGAUUCCGCGACCCCAGAUCACUGCCGUGGAUGGUUCCCCUAUUGGGUCCAAGGGCAACUAUGCGAAGCCUGAGGUCUGCCAGGGUGACGAUGAUAGUCUUGAGCUCCGUCUCUCUGGCAGUCCUCCAUUCAGUCUCCAGUACGAACAACGCCGGAAAUCCGACCGUGGACAAGCAUCUGCCCGCUCUCGAAACAUCAAAACCGCCCUCAACACGGCCUCGAUGGAGAUGGACACCUCUGAGCCUGGUCAAUACACCUACAAGUUCACUGAUGUGGGCGAUUACCUGUAUGACUAUGACCCGAAGAGCAGUGGCCUGGUUGUCACCCAGCAAGUGAACCCGCUUCCCUCUGCCAGGUUUGACGCUCCUGGGCACAUCUACGGAUUCUGCAAGGAGGAUGUGAGUGGUGAGGAGACCAUCCCGAUCACCCUGGAAGGUGUUCCCCCGUUCUCUUUGGAGAUUACCAUCAAGCACCACUCCAACGCUAAGCCGGAGAUUGUCACAAUCCCCAAGAUCAAUUCCAAACGCCAUAACCUACCCCUUCCUCGUCGUCAUCUCGAGUUGGGCCAGCAUUUGGUCAGCAUUCACAAGGUCCGUGACGCCCGUGGCUGCCAGAGGUCCACAGAAUUCGAUGCGUCUUCGGUCCGGGUGGCCGUUUCGGAUGUUCCUACCAUCAUCCCUCUCGAGUCCAAGGUGGACUACUGUGUUGGUGAACGCCUGUCGUUCUCCCUUUCUGGACACGCCCCCUUCGACGUGUUCUAUACGUUUAACGGAGCUCAGCGGAAGGCUACCUCGCAAAACACAAACUUCCGUCGUAUCGCCGAGCGCCCGGGUGAGUUUACUAUCACCGCUGUGGGUGACGGCGCCAGUGGCAAGUGCAAAGCCCACAAAGAUAUAACAAAGGUCAUCCACGAGAUGCCCAGUGUGCGCAUCAGCAAGGGCCAGGUAUCCGUGGUCGACAUCCACGAGGGUGGAGAAGCUGAGCUAAACUUCGAAUUUUGGGGCACGCCGCCGUUUGAAUUCACCUACAUUCGGAGCUCCAAUGCCCGUAAAGGCAAGAAGUCUGAGGUCCUUGACAUCAAGCACGACAUCUCCUACGAGCAUAAGAAGAGCGUCAAGACCUCUGAUGAAGGUACCUACGAGGUCGUCGCUAUCAAGGAUAAGUUCUGCUCCUUUUCCUCACAGGUGCCGACGGGCAAGUCGGACCGGAGCAGUUCAUGA